AUGGUACGUCCAGGUGGCCUGCAUUCCAUUUGCCUGUCCGCCGUGCAUUGUCCACUGUUGUGGUUCCCCCCCGCGAGGGCUGGGUGGCGCACGCACUGUGAAGUUUCGCAUAGCGGCGCGGGUCCGAGGUGCGAACAUAUUCUGAUGCGAACCAAUACCGAAAACAACUCCACUACUCCUCGUCUACGAUAUCCGGGUCGGCCGGAGAGCCCAGCCCCAGACGUGCUUGGUCACCAAAGACACGGCUCCGACACGACGCCAAAGCAUGCCGGGGUCGCUCCGACAGAUCCGCUCCGAGACAAGAAAAAGGGCGUAUCUUUCCUCAGUCGCCUUAGCAUGCGCGGCCGGAAGAAGGACGACGAUGCCGACGACUUGUCCGAGCUAGGCGAGCCAAGACUCGACGGCACCGAUGCGCACGUCUUCUCCUCUUCUAUCGGCGCCGGCGGCUACAUCCCGCACCACAAAGAACCUCCGCGAUAUAUCAAGGUUCGCGCCCACCACAAGAAGACCCGCGAAUUCAACCGCAUGUUCCUGGCGCAAGAGCUGUCAACCGCCCCGCAGCCCGAGGAUGAAGCCGAGCUCCAGUCGUCAGCAGCGUCUACCGCGAGUGGAAAGAAGCGCCCGCAUAAGACUGGUGCUGUCUGGGCGCUGGAAUUCAGCAAGGACGGACAGUAUCUUGCAGCUGCUGGAAAAGACCAAGUUGUCCGUGUCUGGUCGGUCUUGUCGACACACGAGGAGCGUCGACAACACGAGGAGGAAGAGAACGCCAGCGCUGCCGCCGAAGCCCGACUUAGUGCCCCCGUCUUUCGAAGCAAGCCAAUCCGCGAGUUUACUGGCCACACCGGCGAGGUCCCUGGAUCUCAGCUGGAGCAAGAACAACUUCCUUCUUUCCUCGUCCAUGGACAAGACAGUUCGCCUGUGGCACAUGAGCCGACAGGAGUGCCUUUGCACUUUUCGACACAAGGACUUCGUCACCUCCCAGAUCUCGUCACUGCUGUGGCUUUCACUCCAGAUGGCAAAACAUCCAUUGGCGGUGUCCUCAACGGCACUUGCCUUUUCUACGAUACCGAGGGCUUGAAACUGCAGACCCAGAUGCUUGUGCGAUCCUCGAGAGGUAAAAACGCCAAGGGCAGCAAGAUUACAGGCAUCAAGACCCUUAACACGCAAGUGGGCACCGCCGAGGUUGAGACCAAAGUCCUCGUUACUUCCAACGACUCGCGGAUACGCAUCUACAACAUGAAGGACAAGAUGAUUGAUGCUAAACUGAAGGGGCACGAGAAUCAAUGCAGUCAAAUUCAUGCCGACCUGAGUGAUGAUGCGAAAUGGGUCAUUUGCGGCAGCGAGGACAAAAAGGCUUUCAUCUGGUCCAUGGACCCGAGUGAUCCCGAGGUCAAGGAUAAGGUACCGGUUGAAUACUUCAACGCUCAUUCAGCGCGGGUUUCCGCAGCCAUCUUCGCACCGACGAAAACUCGCCAACGACUCGGCGCUUCGGGUGAUCCCCUCUACGAUCUGUGUAAUCCGCCGCCUGUGAAGCUCAUGAGCCUAGAGGAAUCACUUGUCGCGAGCCAGACAGCCCCCGGAGAUGCAGCACAACCAACGAAACAAGCGCAAGGAAAGAAGCCGCGAGAGUCGGCUGCCUAUGUUGAGAAGUCAAAGCAUUACGACGGCAACAUCAUAGUUACGGCAGACCAGUCGGGGUCUGUCAAGGUUUUCCGCCAGGACUGUGCGUUUGCAAAGCGGCGCCAUGAGAACUGGGAGACGGGUUCCAGCUUCUCGCGCAAAAUGGUAGGCACAAGUGGCAUGGUCGGUCGCAGCGGCAGUAUCAUCACGCGAACAAGUGCCAGCAGUCAUCCUCAGUCAAGGCGAGCGUCUCUGACGCAGCCUGCGCAUCCCACCAACCCAGGUCCUGGAAACCAGAUGAACUCGGAUCGUAUCAACUCAUGGCGGCAAGGCAUCUCAGCCGACAGUGCUCGGAACAGCCUGGUCGGUGCCGCAUCCAUGCACAGCGAGCGCUCUGCAUCCCCAAGUAAACUUGCCAAAGCAACGCAUGCCAGCCCGCUCAUUGCGAGGCCCAUCACCACAGCUCCUGAGUCGCGCGAAAAGACCUCUGCUGACGCACAACCUCUGUCGUCGGGGCCUCAUCCGACAAGUCCUUCAUCGAGUGCUGCCAAUAGCCCGCGCAUGGCCAAGAGACUCGAACGUGAUGAGACCCAAACGCAGCCGCCAACACCGAGCUUUUUCAUUCAGCGGGCCGAAGAUGAUGGGACAGUAGCCCAGCCGGGCUCGCCGGCAAGCACAUACUCAUUUUGGAACCUGGGUCGAUGGCGAGGGACAUCAGCAUCAUCUCGCUAUUCCACUGGCUCGGCCAACAUAUCAACCAACCACGCCACGACACCAAGAAGUUUGUCCGCAACCUCGACAAUCGGGCCUUCCAAGGACAGCGAAGCUUUAACGAAGGUCAAAAGCGCUGCUUCAGGCCCUCUGCCGGAUUCAACAGCCACUGCCGAGGCUCUGGACUCAACACUGCAGUCACCGAUCACGGAUCAGGACGAGACGUUUGAUAUCGAACUAGCUACUACUGGCGCCUCACAUGUACUGAACGGAACGGUAGAUCAGCGUGACUCAUUCGUCAGCCAGCUCAGCUCUGACUACAGCAGCGAAGCGGUAGCUGACACAUUGACAUGUCACAAGUGCGGCAACAAGAACUUCAAAAUCAGAUGGCUGGCAGGAAAGUCGCGCAUGCUUUGUAGUAAGUGCGGGCUCAUCGCUGAGCAAGGUGCCGUUGAGGCAUGAGCAGGCGUAUGGCUGCACAAGCCUGAUGUGACUAAGGCGUUAGCAAACCGGUCGUACAUGAACCGUUGCAAUACAACACAAACAAUUC